AUGGAGUCCGAUUCUGAGAGAUUAAGCAGCUUCCGUGAAGGAUUCCCUGCCACGUUUGGCGGUUUCUUCAAAGACCAAAGUGGCCGGACGAAGCGGCUCGUUUCUUUGGUUAUGAACUCACCACCGGAUAUAAGGCCAAACACGCGAAUCCUUGCAGUCUGCGGGAUUAGUGAUGAGUUCAACGAUGCAGCCAGUCCAAGCAAAGAUGGCUGGUUCUACUCUGAUUUCUUUGCUUUCCACACCCUACUUCACGGACAAGGAGCGUCCCAGACAUGGUGCUGCAGUGACCAGCCGUCCACUCUACUCAACAAGUACGGGCAAUAUCUGCAUGGAAACCCAUAUACCCAGCGACGUGUGGUUUUGAACGAGCAACUCCUUGAAACCGAGCUGAAUGAUGUUCACGUCUUUCCUUCUUCAAGUCUUCUUUCAUCUUUCCUUGAUAUCCUGCACCAUGAAUCAGCCUUAGCUUCCCGGCUAAAGCAGCCUAUUAUUCUCUUUCUAUUUGGCCAUGGUGACGAGCUUACGAAAUCUGUCACAAUUGGAGGCGCCGAUUUCAGUAGUGAUGAGUCUGGUAUGCUAGCCAGCGACUCUGAAAGUGACCUGAAUAUAUCGACAGUAGCGAGUGUUGUUGGAGACAGUGUGGACCUGACUGUAAUUUCAACCGCUUGUUUCUCAGGCGGCUGGGCUGUGACCUCAAUACUGGAUGCGACUGUACCAGCAGCCGCGGGGGAAAAUGAGCCUAGCGAGUCUUGGGCUAAAAGCUCUUCGCUCUCGAGAGCUUGUGGAAGCAUCUACACGUCAACGUUGAUCAAAGCACUUACGAAGGAGACCUCAGAUGAACAUCAGUACUCAUCACAACCAACAUCACCUGCUACUGCCACGCCAUUGACAUACUCAGACGCGCCAUCUACCUCAGAAGGGCGGUCUAAGAUGUUUGCUGAGUUUGCACACACGGUACAUCGGCUACUUUUAACAAGCGUCGAUAAAUUCGGAUACCAGCACAAUAUCUCCUUUAGUGCGCAAAACGAUGACUGGGAAACCCAUUGGCGUAAACGAACAGGAUUUCCUCUUGUCAAUCUCCAGUCAAAGUGGGAGAGCCUAGACGCUGUCCCACCGCGACCAUCGACUUCCCUGAAUAGAGAUCCUCUCGCCGAUAACGAAGAGGAGGUAGACAGCACUACACUGGCUGAUAUUAGGGGCCAGUAUGGUUCUGCAUCCUCAUACCUGAGAGGACUUCGCCGACUUGCCAGAAAAUACCUACAAAGCUCCCCUGGUCGAGACUCCCUAGCUCCUAAUACUUUGCUUCACCAACAGUGUAUUGAACUCCUGGCCGGAAGAAAGGAAUUCAGUACAGUAGAACUUAGUACGGUAGAGGCGGCUCUGCAAUACCGGAUGGGAAUCAGUUUUUUAGCGAAUCAACUUAUAGUUGGUUCCAUGUUACCCCUUCCUCAGGGAAAAUUUUGUGAGGAAUGGGACGAGAUUAGCAAGUUCAGCUAUGAUCCCAAGGAAAGGAACGACCUCUUCCACCGAUUGCUUUCUCUAUUUCCAACGCCAAUUCGUGACCAAGGAGUUAAAGGCUGGGUUAAGCCAUAUUGGUAUAUCGUCGCAGCACUGAUCGAGGCUGGCCUCUCACCGCACCAAACGGAACAUAAAAUCCAGCAACUCUUUGAAGGUACGCCGUACAAGAUAUACAACAGACUCAAGAAGACACACUGCGAAGGCACCCCGAUAUUCAGUUGA